CGAACUACCACGCUAGCUUCCAUAACCUAGUUAGACACGGUUUUCGGUGAAUCAAUUAACGUUUGAGUUUUUUGCAAUAAUAUAGACAAAUUCGAUGAGGAUAGGACACUAAAUUCUACGACGUCUCCGUUUAUGCCACUUGGAUAUUUCAUCCUGAAAUCGUUUUGUGAGUGUCUGACAGCAGAUACCUAAGUCAUCAAAAUGACUACAAGAGACGUAAACAAGUCGAAAUUAUCCAAAGGGAUUUUGGAAAUGAAGUUUAUGAAAAGAACAAAAGAGAAAGUUGAGAAAGAGAAGUACGAAGAAGAAGGCGAAGAGUACUUUGGGGCUCAGUUGACAAACCGCAUGAAGAAAGGAGCGGGCAAAUUCAUCAUAGAGCCAAGCUUUGUAUUUUGUGAAAAUCUCAUUGAUGGUCGAGUGAGCUUUCGUGGCAUGAAUCCAGAAAUAGAAAGGCUCAUGGAAUUGGAAGAGGAAGCCAAACGGAGAUCUAGUCAAAAAAAUAGGGAAACAGAAAUAUCAGAUGAACAGAUGGCUAAUCAUUACAAGUCAUCUGCUGUCGAUACAAUUGCAAGAAAAUUCCGAACUAAACAUCAAGACAAAAAAUACGUACGGGACGUUUGUACAAAAGAAGAACCAAUAGGAAAAAAACCAAAAUUUUUGAAACCAUCCGAUUGAAAAUAAAGUUGAAUAAUCAGAGCUUUUGAGUGAGAUAUACCGCGUAUAAAUAUGCUGCCAAAUGAAGAACGCUGGGGAUAACAUAGCUGAACUCUACACUUCCAUAACAUAUUCGCUCGUACUGUCGGACUUUUGAGGCAUUUGAUACCAGUUCAUACUGAACAGGCAAGAGCGUGUAGCAAAAUCCACGAUCUCUUCUGGAAAAAAAUAGAAAUUUCACAAUAAAUACAAGGGUUUGCUUUAUAUUAUCUUGAACACGAAUUGUAUGAAUUAUAGAAUUGAACCUGAAGCAUGCCAUGUAUUGUAGAACGUAUCCAAUGCACAUAAAGAUGCAAACUUGAAAAGUGUGAAGAUUGGCAAGGAUUGAGUAGCACGAGUAAUAGCCUACAUCGUCACCGCUGGUUGGUCUUAAUCCCAUGACCCCUAGAAGUCGCAACAGAUUGAACUUACUUCGGUACUCUGCAAUUCGGAAAGGAUCGAUGGUGUAGACGUUUGCAACCGAUUUCCAUUAUUUCCCAAUGGGGCAGGUUGCAACUCCUUCGUGCUUCCUGCUUCAGUCGAGCUCCGCCUAGGCUGCAACCAGCAGAGCAUCAUAUCGCCUUUGUUAAAAUAUUCUAAAAAUAUCGGUGGUCGUUACUUUGCUAAAUUCAUGUCAUGUUUACCAUGAUUGUCCUACUUCGAGAUCAUGGAUAUACAUUCAAUACAAGUGUGGAGAAACAUGCAAAUCACACCUUGACAAUGUCAUUGUACACAAAAAUAAUUUUUUAGUCGAGUCAAAGUCAAGGCUAAAUUUUAAUAUCGAACAAUAGUUUAAAUCUAAUAAUCACAGUUACAGGUGAUUAUGGUAAUUAGUACGAAAAACAUCAAUAGAUUACUUUCAGAAUACCGGUGGUAAUCACAGACAACGAAUUCAGACUUAAAUGUAAAUAAGAUGUGAACUGUAAAUAAACAAGAGUGUGACUUA